AGAGAGAGACUCAGAUAUUCCUCUGCCACUGCACCGCUUGACCCUCAACGCUGAAACCUCUUCUAGUGGUGGUGCUGGUGGUUCAUAUUCUACAGAGAGAGAGAGAGAGAGAGAGAGAGGGACAAAGGGUGGCCGUGUUCCGUCGUUCUCUUCCGUUGGAUCCGACCCGGGUUCUCAAUUGCAGUGUUAUACGUAACAAGAUGGUUGCACAGGACUUCAAAGUUGAUUUGGAUAAAGCCCUUGUAUUUCAGGUUGGCCAUCUUGGAGAAGCAUACCAAGAGUGGGUUCACCAGCCGAUUGUUAGCAAAGAAGGCCCUCGAUUUUUUGAAAAUGAAUUUUGGGAGUUCUUGACCCGCACAGUGUGGUGGGCAGUUCCUGUCAUAUGGCUGCCAGUUGUGUUCUAUUGCAUCUCAGUGUCUGUACGAAUGGGCCAUACAUUCCCUGAAAUAGUUCUGAUGGUUGUUUCUGGCAUUUUUGUCUGGACAUUGCUUGAAUACACGUUGCACCGCUUUCUUUUCCACAUUGAGACAAAUAGCUACUGGUGGAACACCUUACAUUAUCUCCUUCAUGGCUGCCACCAUAAGCAUCCAAUGGACGGCCUGAGACUUGUUUUCCCUCCUGCUGCGACAGCUGUAUUAUGCAUUCCAUUCUUUAACUUGGUGAAGCUGAUGGCCUCUCCUACUGUUGCUCCUGCUUUGUUUGGAGGCGGUUUAUUGGGCUACGUGAUGUAUGAUUGCACCCAUUACUAUCUUCAUCACGGCCAGCCAUCAAGUGAGGUACCCCGAAAUCUGAAGAAAUACCACUUGAAUCAUCACUUCAGGAUCCAAGAUAAGGGCUUCGGAAUAACUUCAAGUUUAUGGGACAGGGUGUUCGGAACACUUCCACAAUCGAAAGCAGCCAAGAAAGUCAGAUAAUUUUGGAAGAAGGGAUUAGCACCCGGCAUUGGGUUAGGAUAAGCAAGUGAAAGUGAAUUUCAACAUUAAUAUUCUUUAAUUUGCUCUCCUAAAUUUGAUGUACGCGUAAUUUAUCGACGUCUUCGGGUUGGCAUCGCAUGUGGCACGGAGGUGUCAAUUUUUGUGGUGCUGUCAUGUACAAAUUAACAUAACGUGGAUUACUGUCGGCGGAUUCAUUGCUUGUUUAUGGGAGGAGACUUUCUCCAAGUUGUCUA